AAUGAAUUGGCUGACACAAUGUUACAGUGCCUAAAAAUUGUAUCUUUUACAUUAUAUUAGGAAACCCACACAAAGCAAAAAGAGAAGAAAAACCCAGGAAAAUGUAUUAAACUCUGGAUCGAGGAACAAAGGAAACGAAUCCAUGAAUAAUUCAAAAGUAAAGUGUAAAAUCCACAAGUAAUAGUUAUAGAGAGAGAGAGAGAGAGACAGCGAGAGAGAGAGAGAGAGAGGUAGAGAAGCAGAGGAAACGAGGACGAGAGUCAACAAUUAACUUGGCCAGAAGCAAAGCCAACGCGUGCCCCACCAGAAUGGCGGCACGACGUUGCCACUUGGCCCGCUCCCGCGACGGGGGGCCGCUCCGGCAACGUACUGCUUGCAACAGACUCAAUCUAUCCUCCUGCGCGAUAAUUGUGGUAGUGGUCCACCUGCUGGCCGUCUCCCAGGCCGGGAGCGAGGAGGAGACCAGCUUUGCCGGCCUCUCGGCGGAGAAUGCCGCCCGGAUGCUGGCCGGGAGUCCCGGCGAUGCGGAGAAGAGCUCCUCCCAUCACAGCGAGAUGUCCCUGGUCCUGCCCCACGACACCUAUCCCGGUUUUAGCAUCAAGAAAUUUAGGACACAUCCGGUCAAAGGGAAUGGCACGUCGCACGGCGGUGCCAGGGGCGGAACUGGGGCAGGAAGUGCCGCCUAUCACAUGCUGGACAGCGACUACUCCAAGUACUUCACGGUGCUCGAUGACGGAGUGGUGAUGACCACGGCGGACAUCUCGCCGCUGGUCAAUCGUCCCGUUCAGCUGGUGGUGGUGGAGCAGACCCCCAACGCCACCAACACCCACAACCUGCAGCUGUUCGUGAUGCACCGCAACGACAUGCUGCGGUUCUCGGGCUCCCUGCUGGACGCCAGCGGCGAGGUGCGGGAGAACCAUCCCGCCGGCACACGGGUGCGCGGCGUGCCCCUGAUGCAGGCCUUCUCGGGGUCCAUUCUGGACGAGGAGCUGGCCAAGCCCAAGAAGGUGCGCUACACCAUCAUCGAUGGCAAUGUGGACGACGCCUUCGCCCUGCAGGAGCGCAAGGCCAAUCAGAACGUCCAGCUGAACGCCAGGUCCCUGGUGAUUGAUGGCAACGACGAGUCCGGCGUGUGGCUGGUCACCAACCGUCCCCUGGACAGGGAGCUGCGCGCGCACUAUGACCUCUCCGUGGAGGCCUCCGAUGUGGACGGCCUGGACAAGACUGUGUCCAGGAUACAAAUCGCCGUGCUGGACGAGAACGACAACAGGCCCGUGUUCAAGUCGCAGGACUACAAGUUCGCCAUCGCCGGCCAGAAGUCCUCCAGCAUGGAGAGCAACAACAGCGUCACCUACCAGCGCUUCGCCAUCCUGGGCAAGGUGGAGGCCACCGAUGCCGACGGCGACAAGAUUGCCUAUCGCCUGCAGUCCCCCUCCAAUGUGGUCAUCAUUGUCCCCCAAACGGGCGAAAUAAUGCUCGCGGGAGAGCCCAGCGCCAGCGAGCUGCUCAUCGAAGUGGUGGCCCACGAUCUGCGGUAUCCCAGCCUCCUGAGCGCCCAGCCAGCCAAGGUCCUGCUGGAGUUCCUGGCCCCCGAGCCGGUGUCCUUCAUCAUGCAGCACCUGGAACACGACGAGGUCAAUCUGCACUCGCAUCAUCGCGAGAAGCGGCGUGUGACCCGCGCCGUGCGACCCACCAAGCGGAUCGAGUUCACCGAAGCCGACGGCGACACGGAGGGCAAGAGCGUUUUCCAACUGGAGAAGGAGACCGACAAGGAGACCUUCAAGAUACGCGACGACAAUCCCUGGGUGACGGUGGAGACCAAUGGAGCGGUGCGCGUCAAGAAGAAGUGGGACUACGAGGAGCUUGGACCAGAGAAAACCAUCGAUUUUUGGGUCAUCAUCACGAAUAUGGGACACAAUGCGGGCAUCAAGUAUACGGACAACCAGCGUGUGAUAAUCCUGGUGAAGGAUGUGAACGACGAGCCGCCGUACUUCAUCAACCGUCCCCUGCCCAUGCAGGCGGUGGUGCAGCUGAACGCCCCGCCCAACACGCCGGUCUUCACGCUGCAGGCCCGCGACCCGGACACGGACCACAACAUCCACUACUUCAUAGUGCGCGAUCGCACGGGCGGACGCUUCGAGGUGGACGAGCGUUCGGGCGUGGUGCGGACCCGAGGCACCGAUCUCUUCCAGCUGGACAUGGAGUAUGUGCUGUACGUGAAGGCGGAGGACCAGAACGGCAAGGUGGACGAUCGCCGGUUCCAGAGCACGCCCGAGGAGCGGCUGUCGAUUGUCGGCGGCAAGCGGGCGCCACAGUUCUACAUGCCCAGCUACGAGGCCGAGAUUCCAGAGAACCAGAAAAAGGACUCCGACAUCAUUUCGAUUAAGGCCAAGUCCUUUGCCGACCGCGAGAUACGGUACACAUUGAAGGCGCAGGGUCAGGGCGCCGGCACCUUCAACAUUGGACCCACAUCGGGAAUCGUCAAGCUGGCCAAGGAGCUGGACUUUGAGGAUCUCCGACAGCCGCACGUGUACUCGCUGAUUGUGACAGCCACCGAGGACUCGGGCGGGUUCUCCACCUCAGUCGAUCUCACCAUCCGCGUCACCGAUGUCAACGACAAUGCACCCAAGUUCGAGCUGCCCGACUACCAGGCCCACAAUGUGGACGAGGACAUACCGCUGGGCACCAGCAUACUCCGCGUCAAGGCCAUGGACUCGGACUCCGGAUCGAAUGCCGAAAUCGAAUACCUCGUCUCCGAUGACCACUUCGCCGUCGACUCCAAUGGCAUCAUCGUGAACAACAAGCAGCUGGAUGCGGACAACAACAACGCCUACUACGAGUUCAUUGUGACGGCCAAGGACAAGGGCGAGCCGCCGAAGAGCGGCGUGGCCACCGUCCGCGUCUACACCAAGAACAAGAACGACGAGGAGCCCAAGUUCUCGCAGCAGGUGUACACCCCCAAUGUGGACGAGAAUGCCGGCCCCAACACCCUGGUCACCACCGUGGUGGCCUCCGACAAGGACGGCGACAAUGUGCGCUUCGGUUUCGUCGGCGGCGGCACCUCGUCGGGCCAGUUCGUCAUCGAGGACAUCACCGGUGUCAUCCGGCUGCACAGCAAGGCCAUCACCCUCGAUCGGGACAAGUACGAGCUGAAUGUCACCGCCAUGGACGAUGGCUCCUGCUGCGUGAACGGCGAUCAGACGAUACACACCUCCACGGCCGUGGUCGUGGUCUUCAUCACGGACGUCAAUGACAACAAGCCCGUGUUCAAGGACUGCAGCACAUACUAUCCCAAGGUGGAGGAGGGUGCUCCGAAUGGCAGUCCUGUGAUCAAAGUUGUGGCCACCGACGAGGACAAGGGCGUGAAUGGACAGGUGAAAUACUCGAUAGUCCAGCAACCGAACCAGAAGGGAACCAAGUUUACGGUGGACGAGGAGACCGGCGAGGUCUCCACCAACAAGGUGUUCGAUCGAGAGGGCGACGAUGGAAAGUUCGUUUCGGUUACGGUGAAGGCCACGGAUCAGGGAGAUCCUAGCUUGGAGGGUGUCUGCUCCUUCACGGUGGAAAUCACGGAUGUGAACGAUAAUCCCCCGCUAUUCGAUCGUCAGAAAUAUGUGGAGAACGUCAAGCAGGAUGCCAGCAUUGGGACAAAUAUACUGCGUGUCUCGGCCUCCGACGAGGAUGCCGACAACAAUGGGGCCAUUGUCUAUAGCCUGAGUGCGCCCUUCAACCCGAAUGAUUUGGAAUACUUUGACAUCCAGGCCGAGUCCGGUUGGAUUGUGCUCAAGAAGCCACUUGACGGUUGUUAUCCACGCGAUCGCUAUCGCUUGCGCGUCCGCGCCCAAGACAAGGGCCAACCGCCCUCCUAUGCCGAUGUUGAUGUUGAGUUAGAUGUCGUCGAUCGCAAUAAUAAGCCCCCCAUUUGGGAUAAGAGCGUUUAUGGGCCGAUUCACAUACGCGAGAAUGUCACUGUGGGUACGGUUGUAACAUCGGUUAAGGCAAGUUCGGGCAUUGAAGGCAAUCCGACAGUUUUCUACCGACUGAUGCCCGGGUCGACGGCUCAAACGAACAAGUUUCAUACGUUCUACCUGCAACAAAGACCGGACAACGGCGACACUUGGGCGGACAUAAAGGUGAACCAUCCGCUGGACUACGAGAGCAUCAAGGAGUACAAUCUAACCAUACGUGUCGAGAACAACGGAGCCCAACAGUUGGCAUCGGAAGCGACCGUUUACAUAAUGCUCGAGGAUGUUAAUGAUGAAAUACCGCUGUUCACCGAACGCGAACAGGAAACGGUGCUGGAGGGCGAACCGAUUGGCACCAAAGUGACACAAGUGAAUGCGAUCGACAAGGACGGCACAUUCCCCAAUAAUCAGGUCUACUACUACAUUGUGGACUCGCCGCGUAACGAGGGCAAGGAGUUCUUCGAAAUUAAUCUACAGAGCGGCGAGAUCUUCACCAAAACGGUGUUCGACAGGGAGAAGAAGGGCGCCUAUGCCCUGGAGGUGGAGGCCCGCGACGGUGCCCCCUCGGCACGACCCAAUAGCAAUGGACCCAAUUCAGUCACCAAAUUCAUACGCAUUGGCAUUGCCGAUAAAAACGAUAAUCCGCCCUAUUUCGACAAAUCGCUGUACGAGGCCGAAGUGGAUGAGAACGAGGAUAUCCAGCACACAGUGCUCACAGUCACGGCCAAGGAUCACGAUGAGUCCUCACGUAUCCGCUAUGAAAUUACAAGCGGCAACAUUGGCGGCGCUUUUGCGGUUAAAAAUAUGACGGGUGCCAUUUAUGUAGCCGGCGCUUUAGAUUACGAAACGCGGCGACGGUACGAGCUACGGUUGGCCGCCUCCGACAAUCUGAAGGAGAACUACACGACUGUGAUUAUCCAUGUCAAGGAUGUGAACGAUAAUCCGCCUGUUUUCGAGAGGCCCACCUAUCGCACCCAAAUCACCGAAGAGGAUGAUCGCAAUUUGCCCAAACGCGUCUUGCAGGUGACUGCCACAGACGGCGACAAGGAUCGUCCCCAGAACAUCGUGUACUUCCUCACGGGCCAGGGCAUUGAUCCCGAUAAUCCGGCGAACAGCAAGUUCGACAUCAACCGCACCACCGGCGAAAUAUUCGUAUUGAAGCCCUUGGAUCGCGAUCAACCUAAUGGACGGCCCCAGUGGCGCUUCACGGUCUUCGCCCAGGACGAGGGCGGCGAGGGACUCGUGGGCUAUGCGGACGUCCAGGUCAAUUUGAAGGACAUCAACGACAAUGCCCCCAUUUUCCCGCAGGGCGUUUACUUCGGCAACGUCACGGAGAACGGCACCGCCGGCAUGGUGGUGAUGACCAUGACGGCGGUGGACUACGACGACCCCAACGAGGGCUCCAACGCCCGGCUCGUCUACUCGAUCGAGAAGAACGUGAUUGAGGAGGAGACGGGCUCGCCCAUUUUCGAGAUCGAGCCCGACACGGGCGUCAUCAAGACGGCCGUGUGCUGCCUGGAUCGCGAGCGAACCCCGGACUAUUCCAUACAGGUGGUGGCCAUGGACGGCGGGGGGCUGAAGGGGACGGGGACGGCCUCGAUACGCGUCAAGGACAUCAACGACAUGCCGCCGCAGUUCACGAAGGACGAGUGGUUCACGGAGGUGGACGAAACGGACGGCACGGCCCUGCCCGAGAUGCCCAUCCUCACGGUGACCGUCCACGACGAGGACGAGACGAACAAGUUCCAGUACAAGGUGAUCGACAACAGCGGCUACGGCGCCGACAAGUUCACGAUGGUGCGGAACAACGACGGCACGGGCUCCCUGAAGAUCGUCCAGCCGCUGGACUACGAGGACCAGCUGCAGAGCAACGGCUUCCGGUUCCGCAUCCAAGUGAACGACAAGGGCGAGGACAACGACAACGACAAGUACCACGUGGCCUACUCGUGGGUGGUGGUCAAGCUGCGCGACAUCAACGACAACAAGCCGCACUUCGAGCGCGCCAACGUCGAGGUCUCCGUCUUCGAGGACACCAAAGUGGGCACCGAGCUGGAGAAGUUCAAGGCCACCGACCCGGACCAGGGCGGCAAGAGCAAGGUCUCCUACUCCAUCGACCGCUCCUCGGACCGUCAGCGACAGUUUGCCAUCAACCAGAACGGCUCCGUGACCAUUCAGCGCUCCCUCGACCGCGAGGUCGUGCCCCGCCAUCAAGUGAAAAUCCUGGCCAUCGACGACGGCUCGCCGCCGAAAACCGCCACUGCCACGCUCACCGUUAUUGUCCAGGACAUCAACGACAACGCACCAAAGUUCCUAAAGGACUAUCGUCCAGUGCUGCCCGAGCAUGUGCCGCCCCGCAAGGUGGUGGAGAUUCUGGCCACCGACGACGACGAUCGCUCGAAGAGCAACGGCCCGCCGUUCCAGUUCCGCCUGGAUCCCAGCGCUGAUGAUAUUAUUCGGGCCUCCUUCAAGGUGGAACAGGAUCAAAAGGGCGCCAACGGCGAUGGCAUGGCCGUGAUAUCCUCGCUGCGAUCCUUCGAUCGCGAACAGCAAAAGGAGUACAUGAUACCCAUUGUGAUCAAGGACCAUGGCUCGCCGGCGAUGACCGGCACCAGCACGCUGACCGUGAUCAUCGGCGACGUGAACGACAACAAAAUGCAGCCCGGCUCCAAGGACAUCUUCGUGUACAACUACCAGGGACAGUCGCCGGACACGCCCAUUGGCCGCGUGUACGUCUACGACCUGGACGACUGGGAUCUGCCCGACAAGAAGUUCUACUGGGAGGCGCUGGAGCAUCCGCGCUUCAAGCUGGACGAGGACUCCGGAAUGGUGACCAUGCGGGCGGGGACCCGCGAGGGCCGCUACCACCUGCGGUUCAAGGUCUACGACCGGAAGCACACCCAGACGGACAUCCCCGCGAAUGUGACGGUUACCGUGCGGGAAAUACCCCACGAGGCGGUCAUCAACUCGGGCUCCGUGCGCCUGUCGGGCAUCUCGGACGAGGACUUCAUCCGCGUGUGGAACUAUCGCACGCAGAGCAUGAGUCGCUCGAAGAUGGACCGCUUCAGGGAUAAGUUGGCGGAUCUGCUGAACACCGAACGGGAGAACGUGGACAUCUUCAGCGUUCAGUUGAAGCGCCGCAAUCCUGCGCUGACGGACGUCCGGUUCUCCGCCCACGGAUCGCCGUACUACAAGCCCGUGAGGCUCAACGGCAUCGUCCUGAUGCACCGCGAGGAGAUCGAGAAGGACGUGGGCAUCAACAUCACGAUGGUGGGCAUCGACGAGUGCCUCUACGAGAACCAGAUGUGCGAGGGCAGUUGCACGAAUGCCCUCGAAAUCAGUCCCCUGCCCUACAUGGUGAAUGCCAACAAGACGGCCCUGGUGGGCGUCCGCGUGGACACCCUGGCGGACUGCACUUGCGGGGCGCGCAACUUCACCAAGCCCGAGUCGUGCCGCACCAACCCCUGCCACAACGGCGGACGCUGCAUCGACACCAGGUUCGGGCCGCACUGCUCGUGUCCCGUGGGCUACACCGGGCCUCGCUGCCAGCAGACGACGCGCAGCUUCCGCGGCAACGGCUGGGCCUGGUAUCCCCCCCUCGAGAUGUGCGACGAGUCCCAUCUGAGCCUGGAGUUCAUCACCCGCAAGCCCGACGGCCUGAUCAUCUACAACGGCCCCAUUGUGCCGCCCGAGCGCGACGAAAUGCUCAUCUCGGACUUCAUUGCCCUGGAACUGGAGCGCGGGUAUCCGCGACUGCUCAUCGACUUCGGCUCUGGGACCCUGGAGCUGCGCGUGAAGACCAAGAAGACCCUGGACGACGGCGAAUGGCACCGCAUCGAUCUGUUCUGGGACACGGAGGACAUUCGCAUGGUUGUGGACUUCUGCAAGUCGGCGGAGAUCAGCGAGAUGGAGGACGGCACCCCGCCGGAGUUCGACGACAUGUCCUGCCAGGCGCGCGGCCAGAUCCCGCCCUUCAGCGAGUACCUGAACGUCAACUCCCCGCUGCAGGUGGGCGGCCUGUACCGCGAGCAGUUCGAUCAGAGCCUCUACUACUGGCACUACAUGCCCACGGCCAAGGGCUUCGACGGCUGCAUCCGCAACCUGGUGCACAACUCCAAGCUGUACGAUCUGGCCCACCCGGGACUCUCGAGGAACAGUGUGGCCGGCUGCCCGCAGACGGAGGAGGUCUGUGCCCAGACGGAGACCACGGCCCGCUGCUGGGAGCACGGCAACUGCGUGGGGUCCCUGUCCGAGGCCCGCUGCCACUGCCGGCCCGGCUGGACGGGUCCUGCCUGCAACAUUCCCACCAUCCCGACCACCUUCAAGGCCCAGAGCUACGUGAAGUACGCCCUGAGCUUCGAGCCGGACCGCUUCAGCACCCAGGUGCAGCUCCGCUUCCGCACGCGCGAGGAGUACGGCGAGCUGUUCCGCGUGAGCGACCAGCACAACCGCGAGUACGGCAUCCUGGAGAUCAAGGACGGCCACCUGCACUUCCGCUACAACUUGAACUCGCUGCGCACCGAGGAGAAGGACCUCUGGCUCAACUCGAUCGUCGUCAACGACGGCCAGUGGCACGUGGUGCGGGUCAAUCGGUACGGCUCGGCCGCCACCCUCGAGCUGGACGGCGGCGAGGGUCGGCGCUACAACGAGACCUUUGAGUUCUCGGGCCAUCAGUGGCUGCUGGUGGACAAGCAGGAGGGCGUCUAUGCCGGCGGCAAGGCCGAGUACACGGGGGUUCGCACCUUUGAGGUGUAUGCCGACUACCAGAAGAGCUGCCUCGACGAUAUACGUCUUGAGGGCAAACACUUGCCCCUGCCCCCCGCCAUGAACGGCACGCAGUGGGGCCAGGCCACAAUGGCCCGCAACCUGGAGAAGGGCUGCCCCUCGAACAAGCCCUGCUCGAAUGUCAUCUGCCCGGAUCCCUUCGAGUGCGUCGAUCUCUGGAAUGUCUACGAGUGCACUUGCGGCGAAGGACGUAUUAUGUCGCCCGAUUCCAAGGGCUGCAUGGACCGCAACGAGUGCCUCGAUAUGCCCUGCAUGAACGGCGCCACUUGCAUUAACCUCGAGCCCCGACUGCGGUACCGUUGCAUAUGUCCGGACGGUUUCUGGGGCGAGAACUGCGAGCUGGUGCAGGAGGGUCAGACCCUCAAGCUGAGCAUGGGAGCCCUGGCGGCGAUCCUAGUCUGCCUCUUGAUCAUACUGAUACUGGUGCUCGUGUUUGUCGUUUACAAUCGGCGGCGCGAGGCGCAUAUCAAAUAUCCAGGUCCCGACGAUGAUGUGCGCGAGAACAUCAUCAACUACGACGACGAGGGCGGCGGCGAGGACGAUAUGACGGCCUUCGACAUCACACCGCUGCAGAUACCCAUCGGGGGGCCCAUGCCGCCCGAGCUGGCGCCCAUGAAGAUGCCAAUUAUGUAUCCCGUCAUGACACUGAUGCCCGGUCAGGAGCCCAACGUGGGCAUGUUCAUUGAGGAGCAUAAAAAGCGCGCCGACGGCGAUCCCAACGCCCCGCCCUUCGACGACCUGCGGAACUAUGCGUACGAGGGGGGUGGCAGUACUGCGGGCUCCCUCAGCUCCUUGGCCUCAGGCACGGACGAUGAGCAGCAGGAGUACGACUACCUUGGGGCCUGGGGGCCGCGCUUCGACAAGCUGGCCAACAUGUACGGUCCGGAGGCGCCCAAUCCGCACAAUACCGAACUGGAGUUGUAAGUGGCAGGGCCCCAAGGGAGGGCCCGUGCACUAAACGGUGGCCCGAAUGGAAGGAAACUAAAGGAAAGAUAAACUGUUGGUAGAUACAAAAGUUGCAUUUAAAGAAAUCCAAUCCAAUCUCUACGAAACACACACACACACACAGACAGACACACACUCAUACAAAGAAAGAAAGCGCAACCAAAGAAAAGGCAUUGCAGAAGAAAAUCUUUAACUAAGAAAAGGAGGAAAGGAAAAUGGUAGGAGGGGGAAAAAAUCAAACACAUAUUAUGACACGUAAAAUGACAUUUGUAUAAAUAUUUCAUCAGCAUUUAAAUUUAAACAAAUUACCAGAUACGAGAUACGAGAUACGCGAUAAUGAAAACUAAGUUAUUUUUUAGGGCAAACGAAAAGCGAGGAAAAUCGAGAAAAAUCGAGGAAAUUCGAAAGAAGAAAAUUGGAAAAUGUAAGAGAGAGCAUACCAAAGCUUAGUUUAGGGAGCGCUUAUGAAUUUAUAUCUUUAAUUCGUGAACAGAUUUGUUGUGCAUAUUAUGUUUUAAGUUGUAAUUAUUAUUUUUAGGACUCUCCCUACGUUCUGUAUAACAUAUUCGAUGUAUUCGUAUCCAGUCAUUUAGGGAUUAAGUUCGCUCCUGAUUUCGUAUUACUUUCUAAGGAUUAAACAUUAAAGGAUUAAAACUUACAUAAAUGAAUACCCAAAGACUGUUUUCGUUCCAUCAUAACAAGUAUAUAAAUACAUUUAAACACACUCACACACACACACACACAAAACACAUACAUAUAUAUUACCAUUACCAUUAACAUUACCAUAAAUACGAAUAUAAACAUUACGAAACACUUUUUAAACUGCGAAUCCGAGAGAUCGCUAAUUAGAGCCUGAUUGGUCGAAAGAGGAUACUCCUAGAAUUAUAUUCUAAAUAAAAAAGCAGAAAUCUUAAGCUAAAUUCCCCGCAAAAACUAGCCACGAAAAAACAACAAAAACAACAAAAACGCUAGAAAAGUAAAGUAAACGCAAAGGAAAAUGGAAAAAAAAGAAAAAGAAAAUUACCUUUAGAAGAACUUAGCGCAAUUGAAUUAAUAUAUAAAUAAUACCUAAAAAUAAACAACAAAAAAAACAAAAACAAAAACACUUAUAUAUAUAAAAAUUAAAUAUGCCCCUUUCCGGGGGGGGCAGGGGUAUGGAGAUGGAGAUUACAUUUUACAUUGUAUAUAUUAUUAGUUUUUAGCACGUAUACAAAGGACACACACACACACACACACAGACACACACACACACACACAGCCAGAACAUUAAAGCCACAUACGAAAUUGGUAGCAGAACCGAAAACUACAACUAAAACUAAAACUAAAACUGAAGUCUUUAUAUAUAGUAAGUGGCGAAAGGAGGGGGAGAGGAGGGGAGUGCAUUCGCAU